CAACAGAGGGAUGUGUUUGAAAUUGUAGGUACAACCUAAAGUUGUACCAUAACGUAUAGGUACAACUUUCAGUUGUACCAUAGAGAGAUUUGUUCGAAAGUGUCGGUACAAACAUAAAGUUGUACCAUAGUGUGUAGGUACUUAAACUUGUACCAUAAUGUAUUGGUACGAGUUUGGGUUGUAUCAUUGAAUGAUUUGUUACUGUCCAUCGGUGGUAUCGAGGUUUUGACCCAUGGCAGGUUGAGACAAAGACUACAAUGGUGUGGGUGCAGCUUCCCCGCUUCCCUUCAGAAUUUUUUAAUCAGAUAGCAGUGAUGAGAAUCGUCGGACUGAUUGGUAAGCCGACCAUUGUGGAUCGGGAAACUCUUGAGGGAGCCAGAGUGAAAUAUACUUGCUUUUGUGUUAAAGUGGAUCUAACGAAGCCGCUUUUAUCGAAGUACAAAGUUGAAAGGAAAGAGUAUUUCAUCACAUGCGAUGCGAGAGCCUCUACAAUGUGUGUUUUGAAUGCGGGAAAUAUGGGUAUACGACUGAGCAAUGCGGAUGCACCAAACCCCCUGAGUCGGAGCCAGUUGUUGAGGAAGCAGACCAAACAAAUGAUAUGCAUGUGGAACCAGUGCCGAAAUCCCCCUUAUAUGGGGAAUGGAUGGUCGCAAAGAAAAAAAAUCGAAGAUCUGGAGCGAUAAGUGGACAAUCGAACCACCUAGUAACCCAGAUGCGGGAAACAACAAAUAGGUAUGAGGUUUUGUCUGAGGCGGAGAGACAAGGGACGAGGCCAACACAAGAGGCACCCAAAGGAAGGGAGCCACAACAAAACCCGAACUUACCUGCUGGAGUCCCUCUUUACAACAACUUUCUUGUCGCCAAGAGGGAGAAUUCCGUCGUUGUCCAGCCAGGGAGAGUCCCCAUUGGCAACGGAGCAGCAUUUGGGUGCGUCGUGAUGAAGGAGUUCGUCAAAGCACUUACAGAGAAGCUCACACCCAACUCCGCCGCUCACGACGAUUACCUCACCUGCAGCAAUAACCCCAAUGAGGAAGAAGUAGGGAUGACAUUUAUAGCCGUAACCGUGGGUAUCCGACCCUACCCAACCCGGUCAACGUGGGGAAUCCCCACAUUGACUGGGUAUGGGGCGGAUAAGAGUAAUACUCGCAAAGAAUCUUGUGGGGAUGGGGUGGGGAUGGAUUUGAGUGCCCCCGCCCCAUACCCAUAUCCGCUCCGUCAUUGCAUAUGUCUUAUAAUUUUAAAAUAUAACUACGGUAAUGUAAUCUACCAAAAGGACUUAAGAGUUAUUGUAAAAUAAAAUAAGGACUAAAAAUUGAUGAGAUGGGGGCAUAAGAGCGUGUUCUUCCUGGUGAGAACGGAUGGCGGCAAGGGUUGUAAGAGGUGGGACUAUGCAGGGGUUGUUGAUCCAUAGAUCAAUCCAUUUGAUCCAUGAAUCCACAAUCUAUUGUUGAUCCAUGAAUCUACAAUCAAUUUGAUCUAUGGAUCCAUCAAUCCAUGGAUCAAUCCAUUUGUCACCUCUAAUUGAGACGGUCACGGGGAGAAGAAGGAUUGCUUGUGUUUCGUGGAGGUUGUUGUUGGUUAGGGAUGAAUGAUGGAUUGGUGGUAGGAAGGAAGGAAGAAGCUGCAGAGUAGAGAGCUAUGGCUGCAAAUGUCUUUUCUUUUUCUAAAAAUUGUUUUGGGUUUUUUUACUUCAGUUAGCAAAUUCGUCUGAAGAGGGAAACAAAAUGCUCAUGGAAACCAUAAAAGAGAAAAUUGUAAUCGAAGUGAGCUCAGUGCUGAUUUAGGGCACUUCAAAGAUCACUAUAACAUUUGCUAAAAAAUGCACCCAAACCAAUAAUAUAACUCAUCAUUUGAUAUAUCAUCUAAUAUUUCAAAAGCGAUGUUCAAUUAGAAAUAGUUCUACUCUCAGGAUAAUAUGACUCAAUUAGCAUGAUCAAUAUUUAUAUUACUGGGUUAAAUCCAUAUGGACUCAUAUGUACUUUUUAAUGGUUUUGAAUUGUGUUUAAUUGGGAUCAAUUCAUUUGGUCGGAAUCAAAUGAAUCUAUUUGUGUUCAUAGGAUUGUACAUACAAAAGACAAUAUCGAUCAUCUCAUUAACUACCUCCAAUCCAAUUACACAAUUAGUGUUUAUGUUUCACCUUUCUAUUUGUUUUAUAACAAAAAUGGGUUAAUUGCAUGGUUGGUCACUAAGAUUACAAAAAACGUGAACCGUUUCAGUAAACUGAAGUACCACCAAUGGAUACGGCGCCGGCGGUGGAUGACAAGCUUCUGGGUUUGGCGGCCGCGCAGGAGCCGAGUAGUGCGGCGUCCUUGUUGGUUUGGCCGCGCCGAGGGGGAGUGGAAAUACCGUGAAACAUAAUGCCGCCAUUGUUAAUGUUGUGCCGACGAGUUGGGAGAAAGAGAGAGAGAUCAGAGGUGUGGAUGGAUGGAUAGGUAGAGAGAGAGAAAGCUAUGAAGGAGGAACGAGGGAGUAAUGCGGUGGGGGUGGGCAGGCUAGGGAUUAGGGGUUUCGGAGGAGAGGACUUCCUUGAAGGUUUCCUCGUUGUAGUCCGGCGACAGAGCUCUGCUUUCGGCGGUUGUCGUUUUUCGAGAAAGUCAUAACGACUUGAGAAAUUUGUAGAAAAUAAAUUAGGUUUUGUAUUUUAUUUUUUAAUAUGUAAAAAUGAGGUGGAAAAUAUAAAAAUUAAUUUUAUUUUUAAUAAUUUUUUAGUUGUCACGUCACUAAGUUAACGGUCAACUUUGAGAGUUGACUGCCACAUCAGCAAAAGUUGACGGAGUUGGACAGAGAGUGACCAAACAUAAACCGUUUCAGUAAACUGAAGUACCACCAAUGAAUUUAAAUAUUUUGA